AUCGGCGAGCGCCUAUCGAACUUCGCGGGAACUUUGGUGGCGGGAAAGUGGAUUUUUUUGUGUGCCUGUUCAUCGCCGGAGGCGUUGCUGGAGGAGGCGGGAGAAGCUUUUGCGCGCAAUUGCCCAGUACAGUUUUGGUUGUUGAGGCCGCGGGAAUUGUCUGAUUCUCCGUCUCCGCCGAUCAGUGUUUUGUGCUGUUCCUCUUGCGUGGCUGCUGGACCCCGCUGUUGCAAAUGGCUCGUAGGUCGCUGUUUGAGAGCGUUUACAACCGACACAUCCUGAAGCGGAACAAAGUCGGGCCCUCCUCGCGCUGUCCCCUCGACUCCCUGCUGCUGGGAUUCGAGUGCCGCGCACCGGACGAGCACAAGGUGUUCGGCACGGCGGGCGACCCGGUGCCUGCCUUCGCAUGCCCCUUCUCGCGAGAGGCCGGUAGCCAUCACCUGCUGGCCGUGCCCAGCGAGGACGGCGUGGUGCAGAUCUACGACACGGAGAAACCCCACAAGGGCAGCAGAGUGCUCAAAGCUUGGCUGGCUCAUUCAAAUGCCGUCUUCGAUUGCGCCUGGAUGCCCGGAGAAUCUAAGCUCGUGACGGCCUCGGGGGACCAGAUGGCCAAGCUUUGGGACGUGUGCGCUGGGGAGGCCCUGGGUUCCUUCAAAGGUCACCAGUGCAGCCUCAAGUCGGUGGCGUUCAGCCAGAGCGAGAAAGCGGUCUUUUGCACGGGAGGAAGAGAUGGAAACAUCAUGGUCUGGGACAUCAGAUGCAGCAAAAGGGACGGGUUCUACAGCGCGGUGAAGAGGAUCGGCAGUGCUCACAACGCGCCCGCCAAGAUCAGCGUGACUCCGAAGCGCCGCAACACCCCGCGGGGCAUGGCUCCCUCCGUGGACUCCCAGCAGAGCGUCACGGCCGUGAUUUUCCAGGACGAAAAAACUCUCGUCUCCUCUGGGGCCGUAGACGGGGUAAUAAAGGUUUGGGACAUGCGCAAAAACUACACCAGCUACCGGAUGGGACCCGUGCCUGCGCAGUCAUUCCCCUAUCCCGGCAGCAGCUCCCGGAAGAGAGGGUUCUCGAGCCUCGUACUCAACGCCUCGUCCUCGCUUCUCUUCGCCAACUGCACGGACGACUCUGUGUACAUGUUCGACGUGGCAGGAGCUAGGACGUCGCCGGUGGCGACGUUUCGGGGUCACCUUAACUCGUCGUUCUACGUGAAGAGCAGCCUGAGCCCCGACGGGGAGUUCCUCCUCAGUGGCUCCAGUGACGACGUUGCCUACAUCUGGAAGGUGGCGGAUCCGCUGGCCGAGCCCGUGCUCCUGCGAUGGCACUCGCAGGAGGUCACCUCCGUCGCCUGGUGCCCCACCGACUUCACCAAGAUCGUGACUUGUUCGGACGACAACAAGCUGCUGAUCUGGCGACUGAGUCGUGGGACUGACCAAGCUGAGGACUCCACAGGGAAAUCGGACCUACUGGCCCGGGCGUCCAAGAGCAAUGACCAUAAACGCGGCGCGCACGGCCAGGCCAUGGCCACUCCUGCAAAGCCGUCCCACGGUGGCCACGCGCCGGCGCACACGUCCCCACGCCCCGCCGCCUGCGUGCUGGGCUCCUCCGCCUCGCUGCCGUCCCCCAGCUCCUCCGAGUCGUCGCUGCAGUCGGCCGCCACUCCGAAGGACGCUCCGCUGACCCCGAGCCCGGCCGGCGCGCCCUCCAGGCUCGAUUCUGCGUCUCCGCUCGGCGCCUUUUCCCCCCUUUCCUCCUCCGGCAUGCCGUCCGGGCCCUCCGGACCGUCCGGGCCCUCUGGACCGUCCGGGCCGUCGGGGUCGCGCGCCGCCCUGGCCACGCCGACGUCGAGGACGCCGCUGUCCCACGUGCAGUCUUCCGCGACGCCGGGCGGUUCCGCGUUGCUCUCGCCCGGCUCUCGAACCCUCUCCAUCACGCGGUGGCUGCAGGUGGCGGGCGGCGCGUCGUCGGAGAGGAAGAGGACGGGGUCGCGCCGUGACGCCGCCGCUGGACCGACCUCCGGGCGGGCCAAGCGCCGCCUGGAGACGGGCGGCGGCGGCGGCGGCGGCGUGGACGCAGACUCGAGCUGCUUGAGCGGCGCGAGGUGCAGCGAGCUGUGCAGCGAGCUGUGCAGCCAAGUGUGCAAGAGGUUGAGGCCCGAGCGUGACGAAGGCCCGACGGGCGGCGACGCGGAUUUCGCGCGGACGGAGGACGCGGUCGUCCCGGGGGUCGAGAACUUCACGAGCAGCCCGCAGUCCGCCGGCGUGGCGGCCGUGCUGCCGCCGACCUCCGACCUCGUCACGGACGAGACGGGGAGCGGCCGCCCCUCUCCCCAGGCCGACUCGUCACGCCGUCCCCCGGAGUCGGAGAGCGUGAACAAAGAGAACCAGGGCGCCGAUCGGACGCCGGCUCGGGGAGCGGGGCAAGGGAAGAGCAAGGGAAGGGCGGCGGCACGCUCCGGGAGCCUCCGUGGCAAAGCCAAGGGCAGUGCUGAGAUGGCGCAAUCGCCAGACAAGCCUUCAAGCCCCACCAUCAUGAUGAAGAAAAUCUCCAGCUACUUCCAGAAAUCACCUGGGGUCAAGCCCUGAGACGCGUCGAGAACACGCUUCGUAUUAGCAAGCGCAUUCCCGGAGCCCUUUUACCAUUUUACACCGAACCACCACCAUGCCGUGAGAUUUUAAAUUAAAAUUAAAAAAAGCUGCUGCUGUGUCAAAGGAUGGGGUGGGUGGGGGGGUUUGGAGGAUGGGGAGUAGGGGUUGGGGAGAGGAAAGAGGAUAGGCAUUGUGCAUGUAUAGUAUGUCUUUUAUGUCAUCCUGUGCACUACGGACCAGGAAAUUGUUCUCUCAAAAAGCCUAGAGCCAUUUCACAGACAGUCCGACGGCUUUGCAGAAGAAAAGGGCUCGGACACACACAUACACACAGGCCAGUGGGUGCGGCGGAUGUGGCAGUGCAGCAGCGAGGCGCCACGGUGGGCAGCUGGGCCACCCCCCCCCCCACGCUCUACAUUCGACGCCAACUUAGCCCUGGCUCGGUUUCCACCGCGGACUUGGCGCGCUCGCGCUUUGGAGUGGCACCGCUAGAGAAACCUGUUAACGCUGUCCCCCGAUCGAGCCUCUGUGUGCCCCGUCCGUCCGAGUGAGUGCGCGUUGGGGCGGAGAGAAGGACAGAAGGAUGUGUGGGUAGUGUUUGUAUUGUACACACAGAACGCUUGGAAAUAUAUCGCGGCGAAAAAAAUAUUCUAGAGCUGUUUUUACUUACGUUUGUAACAAGUUAGGCAAAGUCUACUGUGCGUCGCGUGUAUACAUAAUUCUAGGCUGACUUUGACGUGCACUGUUUAUUAUAGGGUUGGUGGAGUAUCGUUCUGGCAGGGUUUAGACAUGUGGGGACAUGACCCCAGCAAAGAGCUGAUGUGGAAUAACCUGUCGCUUAAAAGCAGAACAAUGCUCUCGUUCAUUCUAUUCACCAUGGGAGCUGAGCUUGGCUGCUUGGCUUGCUUUGCGAGUUGCAUCAAACGUUAACGUUGGUAUGAACACUAAGUUGUACAUGUUAUAAAUAAAAGCGAAAUGGGCUCGUGCUUAUGUUUGGCGGAUUUUCGUAAUUGACGAGAUUUAAAUGAUGGUUAAAAAAAUAAUAAACCUGCACACAAUCGUUUUGGCGCCAUAAGGCUU